AUGUUUGGCAGAGGCCUUCGGCGCAUCUCGCCAGGCUUGUCUGCCUGUUAUAAAGGCCCUCGAACUAUUGCUGGGUCGCGCCAGAGGUUUUCGAUUGCACCCGGAAAGCGCUCUAGCCUCUACGACCCCAUCAGACAGCCAGAGAAAGACGAUGAUGUCUAUGGCGAUGGCCUUAACGUUGCUAAGGAUGGCUUGAUCUAUUGUCCCCCCUCGGAGCCCGUUGAUUAUCCGAAUGGCGCUUGUUUUAUGCCAAAUACGUUCACGAUGCAGGAGCAUAUUAGGGAGUUUGUAGACCAGGUCCAAGAUUGUAAUGAAGCCGCCGAUGGCGCCUCAGGUCUUCGAGUUCCCUACAUCAUUCGUGUGCGGAGAGGCACGACUAUUCCAAGCGGGCUUAAACUCCAGUAUCAGCCCCAAUAUUUUGCUCCCUUCCACCUCGGACCUGCUUAUCCAAUGUCAUUAGAUUAUCUCAAUCAGAUUCUCGAUCGCUUUUACACUUCACAUGGGGAAAUGGUGGCAGCCACGGAGUGGUUAGCGAGCAAUGAAUAUCAUAAUGCAUUUGUCGAGGGCGACGCUGAAAAAUGGAUGGCCGAGUAG